AAGCGUGCAAAAAGGUUCAGUGCCACGCGUCAGUGACCCGACGCCCGACGGCGUGCCCGGCGCUCUGCCCACCCCCCGGCGCGACGCGAGACUCCGGCCGUUUCACCUGCCCGCCCACUGUUGGAGACUAGGCGCCCGUUCCUCUGCCCCCGUUCAGAAUUCAGGCCAGUUUGCAAACCCUCGCUGUUCCAGACCACCCACCCAUCCGCCGCCGCCAUUUUCGGGGGCCCCGAAUCCUCCGCACGCCGGCCGUCGUCCUCCGCGGAGUGGUGCGGCUCCGGGCGGGGAUCGCGGAGGUUUUUGAGGGGUUUAACUCCGGGGCUCCGGGCCCCGGUUCCCGUCGCGCGCCGGUGGGGAGGAGGCGAUGGGUAGGCGGAGGAAGAGGCAGGAUAAGGAGGAGAUGGCGGAGGAAUGCUGUUUCGCUUGUAAGGACGGCGGCGACGACCUCCGCGUCUGCGAUUACAAGAACUGCCUCAAGGCGUACCACCCAAAGUGUAUUUGGAACGAUGAUGAACAGUUCAUUUGCGAUUGGCACAAAUGCCUCAACUGCAGAGGAAGUUCUGAUUAUCAGUGCCUGUGCUGUCCGGUAUACUCGGUUUGCAAUGCUUGCAUUGGAAAAGUGGAAUUUGUGCAACUUAAGAAGCAAAAUAAAGGAUUCUGCAGCAUGUGCUUGAACCAGGCUAUCUUGAUCGAGAAGAAUGCUGAUGCUGAUCCUGAUGUGGCAAAGACAGAUCACGAAGAUGCACAGAUUGGCAAAAUUUUGUUUAAAGACUACUGGGAAGUAAUUAAAGAUAGAGAACGUUUGUCAUUGGUUGACCUGGAAGAAGCUAGUGCUCUUCUGAAUAUAAGGCUUAACUGUAAAGGAGGAGUGAAUUCAGAGAAAUCUCCAGAUGAUUAUCACAAAUCAGAUGGAAAUAUAUUGCCUGACAAUGAUACCAAUGACCAAACAAUUCCUUCUGACUCUAAGCGCAAGCAAAAUAAAGUGAACACAUCACUGAAAAACAAGUCAAAUAAGAAAACAUAUGUUGGCUGGGCUUCGGAAGAGCUAAUUGAAUUCUUGUCAAGUUUUGGCAAGGACACAGCAAAACCUCUUGAUGAACCCGAAAUUGUUGGAGUUGUCAAGGGAUACAUUAAACAGAAGAAUCUGUACCAGGAUGAUAAGAAACUUUGUUUCUUUUGUGAUGAUAAGUUGCAACCUCUGUUUACAAGGAGAAAAGUGAGGUGCAAAAUGAUCCGUAGGUUCUUGGCAGUCCAUCUAACUUCAAAUGCUGUUUCAGAUGAUGAAAUAUCUGAUGGUUCUGAAGAUGAUGAUACCCCAGUUAUGAAAAAGAAACCUCGGAAUAGUCUGGAGCCGAAGAUUGCUAAAAGGGUUUCAGAACGAAGCAAGAGAUGUUUUGCCUCCCUUGUUCAGAAUAACAUCAAUCUAAUCUAUCUGAGAAGAACGUUAGUUGUUAGUCUUUUGAGUCAGCCAGACACAUUUGAACAGAAAGUUGUUGGCUGUUUUGUUAGAUUCAAGAUUCCCUUCAGUAUGGACUGCUAUAAAAAUUCUCCAAAUGCAUUCAUGCUUGGACGAGUAGCAGGCAUCAAGAAGUCUUCAAAAGAAUACAAGAUAAAUGACACAUAUACAAAUGUUCUCUUAUGUGUUACCGGUUUGUGGAAUGAUGUCAAUAUCUCUGAGCUCUCAGAUGAGGACUUUGUAGAGGAUGAAUGCAAUGAUCUUAUUUCUUUAGUUAAGAAAGGACUCCUGGAGAGGGCUACCAUUGCUGAGUUUGAGGAGAAGGUGGCAACGGUACAUAGAGACAUAGUAAAUCAUUGGAUUGAAAGAGAACUUGUGAUACUGGAAAGAUAUAUUGACAGAGCACAUAUGAAAGGGUGGCACGUAGAAAUGGAGGAAUUACUGCAACGAAAAAAGCUGCUUAGUACACCAGCUGAAAGACAGCGUCGACUUGAAGAGAUUCCAGAAAUUGUUCCAGAUACAGAAUAUGAAGAAAAGGAAACUAAACUGGAAGUUGCAACAAGUAACUCUUCUCAAGAGAAUAGAGGUAAAAGAAGAGGCAGAGUUUGUUUCAUAGACGUGGAAGAAACUUCUAAAGGAGCAGCACAGCAAGUAGCUAAUCCUCUAAACGAUCUUAAAGAGGAGCCACCGAAAGGUGCAGCAGCGGAUGCAGUUGAAUGCUUAAAAGUCCUGGAGAAACCACCAGAAGGUGCAGGAGAUCAAGUAACUGAUUCAUUGAUCGUUCUGAAUGAAGAAUCAUCAGAAGGUGACACACAUCAAGUAGUUGAUUCUUUGAAUGUUGUUCAUAAUGGGGAACCACAAAUCGAAAGGACUGAAGGUGCUACGGAGCAAAUACCUGAUUCUUUGAACCUUCUUAACAAAGAAUCGUCAGAAGUGGCAUCCAAGCAAGGUGAUGCUACUCGUGAAGCUCCUUCUGAAGAUGAUAGCCCAACUCAAGCCAUUGAUGUUGACCGAGAGGAAAGUGACCACUCCCGGCAAGUUGUCAUGACAAAGGAUAAAGAAGUAGAAGUCAUCAAUCUAGACAGUGACGAAGAUGAGGAUCUUCCCACGGUGCAACAUAAGCCAGAAGGCAACACGGUGCAUGCUCCAAGGGCCAUGAAUGGUGGCAACAUUCUCAUAGAGUGGUCCGAGUCAGCCUCGCCUGCAACCUUACAUGCUCAGAGAGGCAUGAAUGGGGAUGUUCUCCUUGAACAGUGCAAGUCAGCACCUGCAACCAUGAACGGUGUUCUUCAGCCGGAGCUGCGCCAGCCAGCACCUGCAACCAUGAACGGGGUUCUUCCCCCCGAGCAGUGCGAGCCAGCACCUGCAGCCAUGAACGGGGUUCUUCACCCGGAGCAGUGCGAGCCAGUGCCUGCAGCCAAGAACGCGGUGUCACCUCGCGAGCCCCUGUGGCAUUACGUGGAUCCUCAGGGAGACCCCCGAGGGCCGUUUGCGCUGGUGCGCCUGUCUUUCUGGAAACAGAGCGGCUUCUUCAACGAGGACUUCCGAGUGUGGAUGACGGGGCAGAACGCCGAGCAGGGUAUCUUGCUUACAGAUGCCUUCAAGAUGCAUCUGUAGCCUGCUCACUCUCCCUCGAGACUCUGGACAUGUAACAUCUCUUUUGCUCAUUCUCCGGUGCCUUUAAUUUUGUUACGCCCUGCUAUAAUUCAGUCGGGCAUAUCCGGAUGUAAAUGUUCGUUCUGGGUUGGAUGUGCAGCUCGUAGCGUUCAUAGGCCAGUCGAGAAAACGAGAAAGGUUAAACAGUUUAGUUC